GCGGUCACGUGGCGGCUAGCCGGGGAAAAUGGCGGCUUCGGGGGAAAGCGGGGCUUCGGGUGGCGGCGGCGGCAGCACGGAGGAAGCAUUUAUGACCUUCUACAGUGAGGUAAAACAAAUAGAGAAGAGGGAUUCCGUUCUAACAUCUAAAAAUCAGAUUGAAAGGUUGACCCGGCCUGGCUCAUCUUACUUCAAUUUGAACCCAUUUGAGGUUCUUCAGAUUGAUCCUGAAGUAACAGAUGAAGAAAUAAAAAAGAGGUUUCGGCAGUUAUCAAUCUUGGUGCAUCCUGACAAAAAUCAAGAUGAUGCUGACAGAGCACAAAAGGCUUUUGAAGCCGUGGACAAAGCUUACAAGUUGCUACUGGAUCAGGAACAAAAGAAGAGGGCCCUGGAUGUAAUUCAGGCAGGAAAAGAAUACGUGGAACACACUGUGAAAGAGCGGAAAAAACAAUUAAAGAAGGAGGGAAAACCUACAAACGUGGAGGAGGAUGACCCUGAGCUGUUCAAACAGGCAGUAUACAAACAGACCAUGAAACUCUUUGCUGAGCUGGAAAUUAAAAGGAAAGAGAGAGAAGCCAAAGAGAUGCACGAAAGGAAACGACAAAGGGAAGAGGAAAUUGAAGCUCAAGAAAAAGCGAAACGAGAAAGGGAAUGGCAGAAAAAUUUUGAGGAAAGUCGAGAUGGUCGGGUGGACAGCUGGAGAAACUUCCAAGCAAAUACAAAGGGGAAGAAAGAGAAGAAAAAUCGGACCUUCCUGAGACCACCAAAAGUAAAAAUGGAGCAGCGUGAAUGACCACCGGGCCCUGCCCCCCGCCCUGGCGCUUCCUUCCUGCUUUGAAGGACUCAUUCCUCCCUCUCCCUACAUUAGAGUAGCAUUUGCUUCUUAGUCCAUUUUGUUUUCAAUACAGUUUAUUACCGAUCAGAGUAAUUCUUUUGUACAUUGAAAAGAGGGCUUGGUUUUAACACCUCCCCUCCCUCCCCUCCCCCUCAGAGCACGCGGGACGGGAAGUGCCAUGCCACCGCUGGCGCUGCCUUUUCCUCCACGGCCUGUAACCUAAUAUUUUGUACUUCACCCAAUUGUGAUGGCUAGAAAGUUCAUGUAUAGUUUCUGGAAAUCAUCCAAUUAAACAUACUGCUUACA